AAGGCAGACAAAUGCGCCAUUCGGCAGAAGUGAAAGCCAGAAUACUGAGUACCUAUGAAGUAGGUGAUGAUUGGAAGCAGGUUGCAUCUGUUUUACAAGUAAACCUGAAAACCUGCCGAACUUGGAUAAGAAGAUUGGAAUCGCACGAACAUAGAGGAAAACAUGGCGGUGCACGUCGAAAGUCACUGACUGAGAGUCACGUAGAUUGUCUAGUGGAAUGGGUUGAAUCGGAACCUACGGUUACAUUAGAAACUCUUCGUUUCCGGUUGAAGGUGGAAUUCGAAGUGGAGGUGUGCAUCAGUACCGUGGCUCGAUACUUAGACGGUCGGUUCAUAACCAUGAAAAAGCUGCAUUCAAUACCGGAGUCCAUGAAUACGCUUGAGAACAAGAAGCGAAGGAAAUCGUACGUCCUGCGACUGAUGAAUCUGGAAGCCGAAGGUUACAAAGCAGUUUGGUUUGAUGAAACGAACUUCAACCUGUUUUGUGCUCGCACAAGGGGCCGUUCAGCACGUGGCUGCCGUGCGCAGUGUACGGUCGCGAGUGCUCGUGGCCAAAAUCUACAUCUUGUCAGUGCGAUGACUGCAGACGGACUUCUGGGGUACUCUGUACUAAGAGGCAGUUACAACAAAGAGAGAUGCAGUCGGUGGUUGCGUCAAAUGCUUGAUGCCAACGGCGCAGCUGUUACUAACAAGUGCCUGCUUAUAUGUGACAACGCACCGUGCCACACUGAUCUGGAACGCGUUUUCCAGGAAGCGCCUUACUCAUCCGGAAAACUCCUGCGACUUGCACCGUAUUCGCCUGCACUGAACCCAAUUGAAGGUAUAUGGAGUGUCAUCAAGUCCCAUGUGAAGAAAGCCAUGAAGCAGCGAUACUCCGAAAUGCUUCGAGGGGAUCCAUCUGGUGUGCUGAGCAAAACGGAAUGGAGGAUCCAGUUCCUGGAACAUAUUGUAUCAGAAGCACGAGCCUGCGUGUCCCAACACCAUUGUAAACAGAUGGUAGAACAUGUAAGAGCGAAGUAUGCUCGUGCUAUACACCUCAUGGAUUUAUAAACUUUUGUGCUUUCACUGAUAUAUGUGUCUAUACCCUUUACUGGCGUUCUUGUUCACAAACCAUCAGGUUAAGUUGGGCUGUGAUAAUGGGUAACUAUUAUAUUACUUACGGGGCUGGCAACUGACGAAAAAAGAUAAACUCUACAGUCGAGAAACUGUGGUUAGUUU